GUGGGGAAGCUUCCGCGCAGGCGCCGUGAGGCCCGUCUGACCGACCUUCAGCCGGGCCGGUGCCACCAUGUUCUCUCGGGCGGGCGUCGCGGGUCUCUCGGCUUGGGCCGUGCAGCCGCAAUGGAUCCAAGUUCGAAAUAUGGCAACCUUGAAAGACAUUACCAGGCGACUAAAGUCAAUCAAAAACAUCCAGAAAAUUACCAAGUCUAUGAAAAUGGUAGCAGCAGCGAAAUAUGCCCGAGCCGAGCGGGAGCUGAAGCCAGCCCGAGUGUAUGGGAUAGGGUCUUUGGCUCUGUAUGAAAAGGCUGAUAUUAAGGUACCUGAAGACAAGAAGAAACACCUCAUCAUCGGUGUGUCCUCAGACCGAGGGCUUUGUGGUGCUAUUCAUUCCUCAGUGGCUAAACAGAUAAAAAGCGAGGUGGCCAAUCUCACAGCAGCUGGGAAGGAAGUUAAGAUUGUUGGAGUUGGUGAUAAAAUCCGGGGCAUCCUCCACAGGACGCACUCGGACCAGUUUCUAGUGACAUUCAAGGAAGUGGGGAGGAAGCCCCCCACCUUUGGGGAUGCGUCGGUGAUUGCCCUCGAGCUGUUAAAUUCUGGAUAUGAGUUUGAUGAAGGGUCUAUCAUCUUCAACCGAUUCAGGUCUGUCAUCUCCUACAAGACAGAAGAAAAGCCCAUCUUCUCCCUUGAUACCGUUGCAAGUGCUGAGAGCAUGAGUAUCUAUGAUGAUAUUGAUGCUGAUGUGCUGCGGAACUACCAAGAGUACAGCCUGGCCAACAUCAUCUACUAUUCCCUGAAGGAGUCCACCACGAGUGAGCAGAGCGCCAGGAUGACGGCCAUGGACAACGCGAGCAAGAAUGCUUCUGAAAUGAUUGAUAAAUUGACUUUGACAUUCAAUCGCACCCGCCAAGCUGUCAUCACAAAGGAGCUGAUUGAAAUCAUCUCCGGUGCUGCGGCUCUGGAGUAGUGAAAUCGAGUUCCGUCCACAGACAAGAGGUAAAGAAGAAUUCAGCCAGCUGGCUGUUUUUAGCUUUCUGCUGUCCUUGUCAGAAGAAGUUGUCGUUCCAUUGUCUAAAUUACUAAAGGCAGCAAGAUAUUUGUAAAUUAUCUUACAAUAAAUGAGUCACUAUACGGAAA